AUGGGGACGGUCAUGUCCGCAAUAGGGUUUGGUGCAACAGCCGGGACGCUAAUCCUUCCAUGGCUGUCCGACCGCUUGGGCAGAAAGCCGGUCAUGCUCAUCUCAGCUGCCGGCGCAUGUUCUAUGUUGUGGGCCCUCAAGUCUUCGGUCGCAAGCACGGUUCCCUUGUUUCUGUCUCUCUUCAUGGUGCAUUUCUUCAAUAAUUCCGCAAUUACGCUCACGGUUGGUCCAGUUUGUUCGGAAGCGGUGCCGCCAGGUGUAAUGGCUUCAGCAACAGGGAUUGUGAUUGCCGUCGGCGAGCUUCUCGGGGGUGGCCUAGCUCCGAUUCUCGUGGGGCAGUUUGUUGAGCAGUUCGGAAUUGAGUAUCUUCUUUGGCUGCCCAUCGCCUCAACAUGUAUCGGCUUCCUUGCCAGCCUGUUCUUGGAGGAGAACCACGGCCUGGCAGCCAGCUGUUGGGAGCAAGAUGGCUCCGCUUCCGAGGGGGAAGAGGAGGACUCAACCACAUAG